AUGGCUGGACAUUACAACACACCUCUUGAUGAGCCAAUCGAAAAUAUCUUCCCAUUCAACUCAUUAGACCCCGAUGCGCUCAUUGUUGAUAUCGGAGGCGGAAACGGACAACACUCGAUGCGGCUAGGAACAAAGUAUCCUAGCAUGUCUUUCAUUGUACAAGACCACGCCAGUGUGGUUGAACUUGCUCAAAGAACUGUUCCCUCAGCCCUAGGAGGUAGAAUUCAGUGGCAGUCACAGGACAUGUUCUCUCCUCAAUCGGUAGAAGGCGCCGAUAUCUACCUUUUGAGCCAUGUCUUGAUGGAUCACUCAACCAGGUAUGAAACAACCCGUUAG